CCGGCGUUCGCGGCUCCCCCUCCCGCCCGCAGAUAACCGCGGCCCCUCAGGCUCUUCCCCACCCGCCCAGCGCGGACUCGGCCCCGGCUCGCAGCCGCUCUCCAGGCGUCAGCUCCCUCUCGUCGCCGCUGCGGCGCGCGUAAGGAUGGCUCGGCAGCCCCGGGGCUUUCUGCAGGAGGCCUCUCACCAAGUGGUGGCCGGAGGCUCGGCGGGUCUUGUAGAAAUUUGCCUGAUGCAUCCCCUUGAUGUAGUGAAAACAAGGUUCCAAAUUCAAAGAGGGAAAACUGAUCCAACCAGUUACAAGAGCCUGGGGGACUGUUUUAGGACUAUUUUCCAACGAGAAGGCUUACUUGGCUUCUACAAAGGAAUACUUCCUCCCGUUUUGGCUGAGACACCCAAAAGGGCAGUGAAGUUUUUUACCUUUGAACAAUACAAGAAGCUUCUGGGAUAUGCAUCAUUGCCACCAGGACUGGCAUUUGCAAUUGCUGGCUUGGGAUCUGGGUUGACAGAGGCAGUUGUGGUUAACCCGUUUGAAGUAGUGAAGGUUACUUUACAGACCAAUCAGAACGCUUUCACAGAGCAACCAUCUAGCUUUGUUCAAGCUCAGCAGAUCAUUAAAACCGGUGGUCUGGGCUUCCAAGGACUCAACAAAGGCCUCACUGCAACACUGGGCCGUCACGGAGUUUUUAACAUGGUUUACUUUGGAUUCUACUUCAAUGUGAAAAACAUUCUUCCCGUCAAUAAAGAUCCAAAUUUGGAGUUUUUGAGGAAAUUUGGAAUUGGGCUAGUCUCAGGAACAAUAGCCUCAAUUAUUAACAUUCCUUUUGAUGUUGCAAAAAGUAGGAUUCAAGGACCACAGCCAGUUCCUGGAGAGAUCAAGUACAGAACCUGUUUUAAAACUAUGGCAACAGUCUAUAAAGAGGAAGGAUUUCUGGCUCUGUACAAAGGCUUGCUUCCCAAGAUCAUGAGGCUCGGUCCAGGUGGUGCAGUGAUGCUUUUGGUUUACGAAUACGUUUAUGCAUGGCUUCAGGACACAGUUAAUCACAAGGAGCACUUCUGAAAAAUGUACUCCUUAAAAUUGCAUGCUUUCUAAAAUACACUAUAAUAAAGCAAAAGUGAUUCUUA